AUUGAACGUUGGAAAAUAACUUGUCUAGCUGAGAGAAGGACAAUUGUUAUACCUUCUUACGAGUGCAGUUUUAGUGCGCAAUAUGGAUUUAAAUUUAUUGAAAAAUCACACCAUCAUGGCAACUAUUCUUCUAUCGUUCAUGAUUGCUACAAUGGUACUUAGUGUCCCAAUAGCAGUCCAAGACCAAUUUCCAGACGAAAGUGCACCCAGCAAUUUUCAAGCUGUAAGGCAAACAUUGAGAUACGACAACUUCCAAAGAGUGCCUGCAGUGGAUAAACGAAAAAAAUUCGCUUGGGAACAAUUUGAUGCUCCCGAUAUCCAAUAUAAUUUUUAAUUAGAUUAUUAUAAGAAUUAACGAAAAAUAAAGUUAAAAAAUAUAUUAAAACUAGUAUUAAGGAAAUAUGUCAUGUUCAAAUCGAAUAACUGAAAACGAAAAUAAUUUUUUCUACGAGCGUGCAUUUUUUAUCACUUUCCCGCACGCAUUUUAGUUCCGAAAAUGUCAUUUUCCCGCACUAGUGCGGGAAAGUGGCGUUCAGAAGUGUCAGUUUUGUUAAUUAAUCAAACAUUUUAUCAAUUUUGUCUGCAUACAUUUUUGCUAUUUUAAUCCAUAUUAUUCUAAUUUGUGGAUCUUUCAAAAAUUUAAUAAUUUUUUUUGAUAUUGUAUACAGGUAUGGUUUUUUUAACGUUGG